GUCUGAACCAAAAGCUUCUAUGCUUGGUUAACUCCUUCUAAUGCAUGUCGACUUCAGUCCACCGUCUCCAGGAAGAAUAACCACCUUCCUCACCGCUGACGAAGAAGCCCAGGAUAUACGAAAAUCCGAAGACGAAGCUAAUGCCAUUCACUUUUUUCUAUUCAUUAAUCCGCACUCCGGGGAUCAACAAGGUGCUCAAAUUCUCGAUUUAAACUUGGGUUUGAUUUGCUUCAAAUCACUGCCCAAUGUUCGAGUUCAUGUCUAUUCCUUGGUGGAUGAUACUGAGUGCGGCAAUGGAUUAUCAAGUGCAAAAACAAUCAUGGCUCAUAAGGAGCAACUGGGGCUUAAUCCUCAAAUCCACAUCUGUUGCGCUGGAGGAGACGGUUCACUGACAGGUUUACUUCCGAAAAUUGAAGAACGGGGUAUCGAUGUGAACAAUAUCAUGUUUAGUCUGCUUCCUUUUGGUACCGGAAACGACCUUGCUCGCUUCCUUGGAACAUGGUCAAUUGACAAGAAGGCAGCAAAGGAUAUUAUGCGAAGCGGACAUUUACGUCACUUGGUUUAUAAGCAAAUCCGAGGUCGACCUGUGAAACUGGACGUAUGGAAUAUUCAUGUUACGACGUUUGAUGGGGGAUCUAUUCGGCCAGUUAGCGACAAGAGACAAGAAAACGAGGAAAACUUUCCAUCAGAGAUUUUUCAGAAACUUCUAAACAAUGGCGCUAUUGGAGCACAAUGCUAUGUUGGUGGUGAUGCUGAGCGACUAAGAACAGACAAUCGUGUGGCUAAUAUCGCUUCUUAUACUAUUCAAACCAUCAAAUGGGGUCUGUUCAAAUCCUUCUCUUCAGUGACCUCCAUGCUCGACAGAAUCGAACAGUUCGGCGACGUGGUGGCCUAUGUCCGACAGGAUAAAUACCGAAAAAGGCGCUUUUCCAUUUCGAAUGGGAGAUCAUUAUCUUCAGUCGGCGACAGAAAGACACCGGAUGAUACAGACCGCCAUGCUGACGAACCAGAAGAUGAUUCGGCUACAAAAUUACGCCCUGUCAUCAUCAAUUCUAAUGCAAUUGAGUUGGUGUUUCAAAACAUUCCGAGCCUUUGGGGAAGAAUGCUUAAUUUAUGGAAUAGAGCGGAGUCAGGCUCGGCCAUAGAUCUGAAUGAAGCGGAUCACCACCCUGGUAUUGCUGAAGGAGUGGACCCUUCAAAAUGGCACAAGCAGGAGAGCUGCGACGGCGAAUUUGAGCUGUUCAUCCUGGAAAACAAGUUGUCAUACGUCAAGAAAGAGCUAGCCAUUAAUCGUACUGACCUUGCGCGGAUAGGUCAUUUCAAACAAGCUUCCAUCGUUUUCCGAAAUUUAGCUGAGGUCCAGAAUAACCCUAGUAUCCCCAAACGUGUACAGUCGUCGUUUAGCCUUAAUGGCCCAAGCCAGCCAUAUCGAGAGUCCAGAAAGGAUUCAGUAAGAAUCAUGAUGGAUGGAGAGUUCUUCAUUGUACACAAACCAAAAGCAAUACACAUCACCUUCUGGAAGCAGAUUAACAUCAUGGGCCCUCCAGAUGAAAACGUUGACUGCGAAGCGGAUUUUUCCUCAGAAGGUUCCGAAGCAGAAGCUCCUUCUCCGUAAUGGAUCAUCGUCCAGCCUAUCUUUGCGGCAGGUUAUGGUGUUGCAAUAUGAGGUAGAAGCUCUGUUCGUAUGAAGUAACAUAGAGUAAUAUGCAUAUUUCCCCUUCCCAUUUAUCUUGUACCAUAUCCUUCUGUAUAUUUAUGCCCGUUCCCCUGCUAUUGUGCCUUGUGACUCUCGCAGCUCUUGUUUCAUAAAACAAUAACCUUUAACUUUAUAAAUAUUACUCAAUCUAGAGAUGGCUCUGACUUGUUGAUUUUUUCAAUAAACAUUGUCCUGUUUUCUUUACAC